AUGGCGUCUAGCAGCUUUGACCCUGAACAUGUCAAUCUUCUGACUGCUGAUCCGGCUCAAGUCAUUUGUGCUUUGAACGCAUCCGGGAACGAAUACGAUGGAAAGCUCGGAGCCAGAAUCUCGUCCAUCUUCGUCAUCUGGAUCAUCUCGACCCUUGUGACAGUGUUCCCCGUCGCCGCAAAGCGCAUUCCCCUCCAUGUAUAUCUGUUCGCACGAUUCUUCGGUUCCGGGGUCAUUGUUGCAACUGCCUUCAUCCAUCUUCUUGAUCCUGCUUAUGGAGAGAUCGGACCAAAUACUUGUGUUGGCAUGACUGGUGGCUGGGCACAGUACUCCUGGGUGCCGGCCAUAGCUUUGACAUCAGUCACUGUCAUUUUCCUUGUGGAUCUAUGUGCAGAACGUUACGUCGAGAUGAAGUAUGGCAUACAGCACCAGCACACCUCGUUGCAGGAUGCAGUCACAGUCUACCAUGAGAAAGACGUUGAGCAGACCACAACAACAGACAUUACACGUGUUGAGGAACAGCAAUUCCGUACACAAUUUGGCGCUUUCUUGAUCCUUGAAUUUGGCGUCAUUUUCCACUCCGUCGUCAUUGGCCUCAACUUGGGUGUGGCUGGAGAGGAGUUUUCAACGCUCUAUGUUGUCCUCAUCUUCCACCAGUCAUUCGAAGGCCUCGGUAUCGGUGCCAGGCUGUCCGAUAUCCCCUUCCCAGCACGCCUACGUGGAUGGCUUCCUUGGCUGUUGUGCAUCGCAUACGGUCUCACUACGCCAAUCUGCAUCGCGAUCGGACUCGGUCUUCGCACAACUUACAACCCCAACUCAUUCACUGCCAACAUUGUCAGCGGCACCCUCGACUCCAUCAGUGCAGGAAUCCUGAUCUACACUGGUCUUGUUGAGCUACUGGCCAGAGACUUUAUCUUCGACCCCAACAGAACCAAGGACAACAAACGCCUUGCCUUCAUGGUCGUUUCGUUCCUGCUUGGUGCUGGUAUCAUGGCUCUACUCGGGAAGUGGGCUUAA